GCCACUUUUGACCAGGAAAGGAGCACCGGCUAGCAGGGUCUUCUGGUAGUGGGAGCACCACCUCCGCACAGGCACCUCGCACCAGUGGAGUCUGGUCUCUGCAGCCCCUAACUGUCUCUCCCCCUGAAAGCGAGACCCCUCGUCUCAAGGAGGUUCUUGCCCUCACGGCGUCGUCGUCGUUUCUAUUGCUGAAUACUUUUUUCUUACUAUAAGCUGAGGGGGACGUGAGAAGUCCUAACAGAGGCGGCACGAUGACAGCUGUCGAAACCCAAAUGACAUACAGCAACUCCUAUACGAUCCACCAUGAAGAGACGUACAUGACCCAAGAGGAGGACUGGGACAGGGACCUGCUGCUGGACCCCGCCUGGGAGAAGCAGCAGAGGAAGACCUUCACAGCUUGGUGCAACUCCCACUUGAGGAAGGCCGGGACACAGAUUGAGAACAUUGAAGAGGAUUUCAGAAAUGGCCUCAAACUCAUGCUGCUGCUGGAGGUCAUAUCAGGCGAGAGGCUGCCCAAACCCGACAAAGGCAAGAUGCGUUUCCACAAGAUCGCCAACGUGAAUAAAGCCCUGGACUUCAUCUGCAGCAAGGGGGUCAAGCUGGUGUCUAUUGGUGCUGAGGAAAUUGUCGACGGUAAUGUGAAGAUGACCCUUGGUAUGAUCUGGACCAUCAUCCUGCGCUUUGCCAUCCAGGACAUCUCUGUGGAAGAGACCUCUGCUAAGGAGGGUCUGCUGCUGUGGUGCCAGAGGAAGACUGCCCCCUAUAGGAACGUCAAUGUGCAGAACUUCCACAUCAGUUGGAAGGACGGCCUGGCUCUGUGCGCCCUCAUCCACAGACACAGACCUGACCUCAUUGACUACUCCAAACUGAGAAAGGACGACCCUAUUGGUAACCUGAACACCGCCUUCGAGGUGGCUGAGAAGUUCCUGGACAUCCCCAAGAUGCUUGAUGCUGAAGAUAUUGUGAACACACCCAAACCUGAUGAGAAGGCCAUCAUGACCUACGUGUCCUGCUUCUAUCACGCCUUCGCCGGCGCUGAGCAGGCUGAGACAGCUGCCAACCGUAUCUGCAAGGUGCUGGCCGUCAACCAGGAGAAUGAGAAACUGAUGGAGGAGUACGAGAAGCUGGCCAGUGAGCUGCUCGAGUGGAUCCGCCGCACCAUCCCCUGGCUGGAGAACCGCGUGGCGGAGCAGACCAUGCGCGCCAUGCAGCAGAAGCUGGAGGAUUUCCGCGACUACCGCCGCAUCCACAAGCCACCCCGAGUUCAGGAGAAGUGCCAGCUGGAGAUCAAUUUCAACACCCUGCAGACCAAGCUGAGGCUCAGCAACAGGCCUGCCUUCAUGCCCUCCGAGGGCAAGAUGGUGUCGGAUAUUGCCAAUGCCUGGAAGGGUCUGGAGCAGGUGGAGAAGGGCUACGAGGAGUGGCUGCUGACCGAGAUCCGCCGUCUGGAGAGACUCGACCACCUGGCUGAGAAGUUCAAGCAGAAGUGCGCCAUGCAUGAGUCCUGGACUGGAGGUAAGGAGGACCUGCUGUCCCAGAAGGACUACGAGUCAGCCUCUCUGAUGGAGAUCAGAGCCCUCAUGAGGAAGCACGAGGCUUUCGAGAGCGACCUCGCUGCUCACCAGGACAGAGUGGAGCAGAUCGCUGCCAUCGCCCAGGAGCUGAAUGAGCUCGACUACCAUGAUGCUGCCACGGUCAACGCCCGCUGCCAGGGCAUCUGUGACCAGUGGGACAACCUGGGCACCCUCACCCAGAAGAGGAGGGACGCACUGGAGCGUGUGGAGAAGCUGUGGGAGACUAUUGACCAGCUGUAUCUGGAGUUUGCCAAGAGGGCGGCGCCCUUCAACAACUGGAUGGAUGGAGCCAUGGAGGACCUGCAGGACAUGUUCAUUGUCCACAGCAUUGAGGAGAUCCAGAGUCUGAUCACCGCUCACGACCAGUUCAAGGCCACUCUGCCUGAGGCUGACAAGGAGCGCAUGGCCACCAUGGGCAUCCACAACGAGAUCCUGAAGAUCGCCCAGACCUACGGCAUCAAGCUGUCCGGAAUCAACCCUUACACCAACCUCAGCCCCCAGGACAUCAGCACUAAGUGGGACACUGUGAAGCACUUUGUGCCCCUCAGAGACCAAAUGCUCCAGGAGGAGGUGGCCAGACAGCAGGCCAACGAGAGACUGAGGCGCCAGUUUGCUGCCCAGGCCAACAUCAUCGGACCCUGGAUUCAAACCAAGAUGGAGGAGAUCAGCCAUGUGUCGGUGGACAUCGCCGGCUCCCUGGAGGAACAGAUGAACAGCCUGAAGCAGUACGAGCAGAACAUCAUCAACUACAAAUCCAACAUCGACAAGCUGGAGGGAGACCACCAGCUCAGCCAGGAGUCCCUCAUCUUCGACAACAAGCACACCAACUACUCCAUGGAGCACAUCCGUGUGGGCUGGGAGCAGCUGCUCACCACUAUUGCCAGAACCAUCAACGAGGUGGAGAACCAGAUCCUGACCCGCGAUGCCAAGGGCAUCAGCCAGGAACAGCUCAACGAGUUCAGAGCCUCCUUCAACCACUUCGACAGGAAGAGAAACGGCAUGAUGGACCCAGACGACUUCCGCGCCUGCCUCAUCUCCAUGGGUUACGAUCUGGGUGAGGUGGAGUUUGCUCGUAUCAUGACUCUGGUGGACCCCAACAACACGGGCGUGGUGACCUUCCAGGCCUUCAUCGACUUCAUGACCCGCGAGACCGCCGAGACAGACACCGCAGAACAGGUCAUGGCCUCCUUCAAGAUUCUGGCCUCAGACAAGAAUUACAUCACAGUGGAUGAGCUGCGCAGGGAGCUGCCACCCGAGCAGGCCGAGUACUGCAUCAGCCGCAUGACCAGGUACAUCGGACCCGACGGCCCCCCCGGCGCCCUGGACUACAUCUCCUUCUCCAGCGCCCUCUACGGAGAGAGCGACUUAUAAACACAGCUGCUUCUCUUCACCUCCUCCUCUUCCUCCCUUCUUCCUAUCUCCCCCUAUUUCUCCUGUUUGGAGAGAGGAAUUUAAACCCUUCCACUGUCCUUCUAUACGCUUUGUUCUUAUCAUCUUUUCCUCUUUCAAAUCUGAACUUCCUUUCCCUUUAUUCAUCCUUCUCCCUGCCCUUUCCAUCCCCCAUAGACACUGCCUAGAGUGGGUGAGAGUAGAAGACUCUGCUCAAGUCUUACAAACUACGGUUGGACUUUCCCUCUUAUUGAGUGCCUUUAAAAACCAGAGGUGUGUCGGGUAUAGCACUGAACUUAUGUAAGCAGCAUACAUAUAACAUACCUGCCUGUAGGAGAUGUAAAACAGAAGGUGGUAAUGAGGGAGAAAGAAGUUUUAAAAAAUCUUACAUUGAGCAAAGCCUCCUGCUCUCAGCCCUCUCUCUCAGAUGACAUAUUUUUUUGUAGAGGGGUAAUUAAAGAAGAAAACGUGAUAAAAAA